UGUACAUCUUGGGCGCUGAACUCCUGCUUCUUUCUUUCAACUUGUGUCGACACCAGCAGACGAAGAUGAACUCCCUGGUGAAGUGGGCUCUCAUCUUGUUGGCCCUUUUCUCUGCAGUCCUGAACAUUGUCCUCAUUUGCAUCCACUCCCACAGGGCACCCAAAUGCUCUACACAACGGAUUCAUCAUCUGCAAGCCAAACACGACAACCGCAGCCAAGUGUUUGCGGAUCUGACCCAGGAGGAGUACUUGCAGGUCCAGCGGUUCAUGGUUGGACAAAAAGACCUGCAGAUAUCUGUAAGUCAGAUCACUGAGCCGUCACAGAACUUUUUGUUUUUGAUCGACCUCUCCUUGCCAAGGAAAGCAGAGGUCCUUGGGUACUUGGAUAACAAUCGAGCACCACCAGUGCGCGAGGCUACAGUUGUGGUUUUCCAUGGAUCCCAAGGCCACAUUAAAGAGUACAUAGUCGGACCACUCCCAAACCCAACCUACUACCGAGAUGUAACCAAAGAGAGGUACAAAAAAGAGCUGCCCAUCAAUGCACGUACAGUCACUGUUGGAGAGUAUGUGCUCUUGUUCAGCUUCUUGGAGAAAGAGGUCUUUUCCCAACUACCAAAGGUCAUGAAGGAGAGUUUUGAUGUGGACAAAGACAAGUCUCUGAAUGCCUUUGAGCAAAUGCCACGCGGUCUGCAUUCUGGGGACAGGGAAACCUGGAUUUCCUUUUUCAGAGAUGUCACCGGCAUGUACAUAAACCCAGUGGGUUUUGAGGUUUUGGUCAAUCACAGGAGUGUGAACGCAUCCAAUUGGCAGGUGAAACAGCUGCUUUACAAUGGUCAGUACUUUGAUAGUGUUGAGGAACUUAGGAGCAAAUAUGAUGCAGGACUUGUCAAGAAAAUAAUCUACAAGCACUCGGAUGACUACAGUUCUUUGAAACCCAGAAUCAGGCCUGGACAACUCCCACCACAACAGUUUUACAUUGAGGGCAGACGCUUCAGCAUCAGUGGGAACCAGGUUCUUUACCUGGACUGGAGCUUUGCCUUUGGACUGAGCUCCCUCACCGGGAUGCGGGUAUUUGACGUUCGCUUCAAGGGAGAGAGGAUUCUCUAUGAAUUGAGCAUCCAGGAGGCUAUGUCAGUGUAUGGCUCUGUAACGCCGGGGAUGAUCCUCACCAAGUUUCUGGACUCCAGCAUUGGAAUCGGACGGUUUGCACAUGAGUUGGUCCGUGGUGUGGACUGUCCCCAUGAAGCAGCAUUUGUGGACACAUACCGCUACAUCGAUGUGCCUGUUCCAGUCCGAUAUAAAAAUUCAAUCUGCAUUUUUGAGCUGAACACGGGUCAGCCAUUACGUAGACACUUUUCAGAUUUCUUCCACAAGAGUUAUGGCGGGAUGGUAAAUAGCGCACUCGUGUUCCGGACUAUCACGGCCAUUGGGAACUACGACUACAUGUGGGACUUCAUCUUCUACCAAAGUGGAUCAGUUGAGGCUAAGGUCCAUGCCACAGGAUACAUCUCUUCCUCUUACCUGGUAGAUGGCAGUCUCAAACAUGGUCACCAGGUGGCAGAAAAUGUCCUUGGCAACAUCCACACCCACUUCAUCAAUUUCAAGGUGGACAUGGACAUUUUGGGAGUGAAGAAUGUAUUCCAGACCAAAGACAUGGAGUUUGUCAAUACUUCUUUGCCAUGGAAGCCUGAACAUUUCGCCAUGGUCCCUCAGCUUGUUGAAAAGACACUGAAAACAGAACAGGAUGCUGCUCUGCGUCAUGACAUGAAGACUCCCCGCUACCUCCACAUUGCCAGCAAGAAGACCAACCGCUGGGGACACCAGCGCUCUUACAGGCUGCAGCUGUAUAGUUUUGCUGGAGACCCCCUCCCAGAGAGUGAGCCUGAGGAACGGUCCAUGUCAUGGGCCAGGUACAAGCUUGCUAUCACAAAGCAUAAGGACAGGGAGCAGACCAGCAGCAGUCUGUACAGUCAGAACAACAUGUGGUCUCCAGCCGUGGACUUCAGCCAGUAUCUGCAGGACAACGAGAAUAUUGAGGAUGAAGACCUGGUUGCUUGGGUGACCACUGGCUUCCUUCAUAUCCCCCACGCAGAAGAUAUCCCAAACACUGUGACUGUUGGCAACGGUGGCCGGAUUUUGUUGCGUCCACAUAACUAUUACGAUCAUGACCCAUCGGUUCACUCUCCUGAUGUGGUGCACUUUACCUCAGGCAGCGAAGACAACUGUUACAACAACAGGAUGGCUUGCCUUGCUCACGAGACAUGCAGUCCAUCACUUGAGCCCUUCUCCUACCACGGCUUUGAUGGAGUCCUGAGGUUUGAAGACUGGUCAGAGUGAACCACUGACUUGUUACAACAAUUAGACACUUUGGUUUGGUUUGGUUUUCUUCACACGUGACAGUUUGGACGAUGGAAGACCCCAAAUGUUUACUUCAGAUGGCGUAUGCCAUCAGCGUCAUGUAAUCUGGAGGGAUGCGUCUGGUCAUUUCAACCACAGAAUGUUAUAACCCAUCUGUGAAAGCCAGUCCAAAAUUCAGCAGCGAGGAGAGAAUUUGUGGGACUUGGCUUCAAACAUGCUUUAAAUAAAUGAAACGCUAUUAUACUAGCAGCAACUCAGACUCUUAUUGCUGGUAAAUGUUCAAUCAACCGAGCUUUUUGUUUCCAACUUUUGACCACUGACCACUGUGGGUAUUUUUGUUCAGCGACCACAGUCACAUCAUUCUAUAAACAAAAAGAAUCUGAUCGAUUCAAUGUGUGGACGUUGUUUGUUAACUAGUGAUGUGUAAAAUAUAGUACACAUACAUGCGUUGUGACAUCAGAGCAGAGGUCAUUGCGGUGUUUGCCUGUAUUCUACAUGGACUCUACGGCAAUGCAGACCCACAAUUGACUCACAAGUGCCUUGUGAGGGUGUGUUGCAGCGGAACUGCCGUCAAGAGCCCCCAUCCAGCCGCAUCAAGAAUCUGUUGCAUUUGACAUUCAUGUUCAGCAGGCCAUGGACUAUGAAUGAGCAAAGUUUAAUUCACUGAAUGAAUAAAAAUAAGAUGAAAGACACCAGUAAGGACUCAAUUUAACUGUACUUACUGUACAAUAAAUAGCUAAAAAUGAAGGAAACUUGGCUCAGUCAUACUACUUGACCUGCUGAACAUGAAUAUGAAGUUAGGACUCUGCUAAUCAUUAUGUUAGGUUGAAUUUAUUUUGAAAAUAAGAUGCAAGGCAUCAGUAAGGACAUUGUUAUGUGGUUCCCUUUUGUACAAUAAAU